UAAGACUUGAGGAAACAGAUGAAGUUUUAUAAAUUAUAAUCGACUGUCCUAUUUCCUCUGCUUUUCCAUUCUGGCCUGGAGACCUAAAUUUCAACAGGGAACAGAGUCUGCUUCUGCAGCGAAGCCCCCAGGGGAAAGAAAGAGGUGUCCAAAAUGAGCUACCACCAACAUAUCGCUCAUGAAUCUUACCAGCAACCAGGGCCGCCGCCUCCGUAUACACAAAAUGACCCCUUCCCCGGCCCGCCGCCUCCGUCGGUGUACCCACAAAACGAACCCUUCCCCGGCCCGCCGCCGCCGCCCCAACGCGGGUAUCAACGCUAUUUUGAUGACAGCCGGCCGUCUUUAGCGCCGCCGUUCCCUCACGCUGCCCCGGCGUGGCAUCAAGACCACUACCGGCGCUACGACGACUUAGGUUGCUUUUCCUGUAUCAGGGCAUGCUUGGCUAUGCUUUGUUGCUGCUGCUUGUUGGAGCAGUGCUGCCCUUGAUGGAUCCAAGAUGUGCGUGCUCGGAAUUGCAGUUCGGAGGGCUUUGUAGCUUUUGGUGUUUGCUCAAACUGGAUUCGUUGGACUUGUCAUCUUUAUUAAAUUGUGCUUGUUCUGGUCUUUUGGGGAGAUAUGCAAUCAGAAACAUGAUUAUGUUAAAGUUCAUUAAGGACUAAAAAUGAUCUAAUAAUAUAAUAAUAAAUCUUGUCUGGAUGCUUGAUUUGGCUGCAACGCUAACCAUGUGGUGGCUUUUGUUCGUACAUGGUAGUAUAGAAGUGGUAAGCGGUACCUAAACCAUCAUUCUUGCUUGUUCGUGCUGGUCCAAACUCUAAUCAGUUUCCUGGUCGGUAAACUAGUCCCGUCUUCUUAUUAGGCAUCCUCCAUUGUCUUAAUCAAUUAAGGACAACCACUUUGCAUUAGUACUUAAGAACUAUUAGUGAACGAGACAUGAUAUAAUGAAAGGUAAUUUCGAGUUCAAUUGGCUAGUUGAAAUCGUCACGUUCUUUAAAUAUUCUCUUGGAAAUAUCGAGACCGAUUUUCCACUAUCACACUCAUAAAGUGUAGAUUGUGAGAGACCUUCUAUGAUAUUAUAUUGUAAUGCCUUAGCCCGUUCGGAUACGACUUUUAUUAAAAUAUACUAUUAGAAAUCAAUGAACAUUAGAUACUUCCAAUAAUAACAGGAAUGUAAGGUGACUUUUAUCAAAAUAUAUUAUUAGAAAUCAAUGAACAUUAGAUAUUUCCAAUAAUAACAGAAAUGUAAGGUGGAAACAUUAUAGCGAUCUCCUACCUCCUACAAUAAUUGGAGUAUAAUUUCAAGUUAGGUAACUUGAAUAGAUCUAAUCGCUAAAAUCGAUCAAAUUUCUUUUAAAUUAUUAGUUAAAUAAAUAAAAGCCAACUUAUUUUAAAUUAUUAAUUAAAGAAGUAAAAAAUUAAUGGCCACAGGAGUUGCCGUUCACCACCUACACAAUUUACCCUUUUUCCAUAUUUAGUUGUUUUCCCUUAUUCUAUUCUUUCCUUUUUAAUUCUUAAUAAAUUAGAAGCGUUACGUAAGAAAUCCAUUAUUACAACUGAGCUCUUUACGGAACACGAUGUCACUACUCAUUCUGUCAAUAUAUCUUCAAUUACGUAAGGGUUUCGUAAUGACAUUUUACAACUGUUACGUAAAUACAAAUUCAUUACGUAAGGUUUUUAUAAUGACUUAGCACUUUACGUAACGCGAGGUUAAUACUCAUUGCAUAAAAGACCUUUAUUAGAUAAAAGUUACGGAACAACAAUUAUUUCUUACGUGAUAGUUAAAUUAGGAGCGUUACGUAAGGCUUCCGUAAUGAGUUAGCAUUUUACGUAACGCGAGGUUAAUACUCAUUACGUAAAUACACAUUAUAUUCUUUCCGGUAACUAGCGUUUCAAUUAAAGCCCUAUCUUCGUGAAAAAACUGUCAGAGAGUCGAAAAAUACACCUGGCCUAAAAACCAACAUUUCCUCCUUACAAUUCAAUAACUAAUAGCUAAACCAGAUGAAGGGAGGCAUAUUUAGAACUACGAACUCUAGAACAAAAAUCAUUGUUUCCAUAAGCAUAAAAUCUGAUGUCCUCUCGAAGUAGAUUUGAAAGUUGUUCUGGAUCUUUCGUGUGCUCACCAAAACGUCUUCUACAUUGUCCCUUCCAAAUAAUGGUGAUACUCCAGCACCAAAGCACAACUUCCACACUACUGUUGCAAUCGCUUCAAAUUGUUGCAUUGCUCAUCUGCUUCAACAUCUCCCCCCAGCUGGGAGCUAUAGUAACACUCUUCUGCAUAAGUCUCGAGACAAACUCAGUUGUAUACAUGCAGCCACUAAACAAGUGUUCCUUGGAUUCCUUAUCACUAUAACGGAGCACACACAUAUCAUCAGUCACUAAGCCCCAUAUUUUCAGCUUGUCUUUGGUUGCAAGUCGAUCAAAGAUAACAAGCCAAGUGAUCACUCUGUUUCGGGGAAUAACAAAUUUAUUCUAGAUAAUUCUCCACAACCCUACUCCAGAUCUCUUAAGUCUGAUUGUUUGCCAGACUGUUGAGACAUGAAAUUUCGACAACUGCGUACCUUGCCAAGUAACACAACCCUCUCCAUCAAUGUCCAUUCUGUUCUGAAUCCAUGGUCUAAUUUUCAACAAUUGCUUCCAAAUCCAGCAGCUCAAGGAGGUGGAUUUUACUUGCCAAAUAGACUCACCUCGAAGUCUAUAUCUGAAAAUCCAGGCUACCCAGAAGCUGCCCCCUUGCAUAAGAAGCAACCAAAUAAGUCGUGAAGCACAAGCAAUAUUCCACUAAAGAAGGUCCUUGAUACCGAGACCUCUUUUCUGCUUUGGAACAACAAGAAGUUCCCAUGCUACUUUUGCUUUCCCGGAUUUCUCUCCAUUCAAAGAAAGUCUGCACAGAUCUUCUGAAUGGACUUGAUCAUCUUCUUGGGAAAGACACACAGAUAGCAUUCUGUUUAAAUUGCUUAGCUUUCCCUCCAAAUUUUUUUUACCGGAGCUUUCCCUACAAAAAAUACUUCACAUUUAUUUGGAUUACAUUGUAGACCAGAUAAUUUGUAGAAGUCAUCUAAGAUUCUUCUAACCCUACUCAAGGUCGUAGCUGACCCCUUAGUAAAGAUAGAUACAUUCUAUUACGUAAGGCUUCCGUAAUGAUAUUUUCCAGUUGUUACAUAAAAUUACCAUAUGUUACAUAACCAUUAUGUAAUGCCUAUGAUAUUUUACGUAGUGCGACCUGCGAAACCGGCUUGGAAAAAGUGAAUAUGCUAAUGCAAUGUUUGGUACGUUAUUCUGCGCAAGUUCGACUAAAUAUAAUUUUUUUUUUGAA